GAGGCAGUGUGUGACGUCAGAAGGGGCGUGGCCUCAGCCAGCCGUCAGAAGGGCUUCUCUUUGUGGACCAGCAGCACACCCAGGAGCUCCGCUGGAGCAGCUGGACGCCGCGAAGGUCUCGUGUCUGUCAGGUUUGCAGAUGAUGAGGUGACCUGGGAGCCACAGCGAUGGAGGACCUUUGGUGUGUGGCUGGGGCCAUUUUCCAGCUGUGGAUGGUUGUAGUGGUGUUCUUCAUCAUGCUUCCCGCCAUGUUUGGCCUUUCUCUGGGGGUCACUGGAGUCUACAUCCAGAUUCUGGUUAAAAUACUUGAGUGGGCCACAAUACGCAUCCAGAAGGGACGGCAGGAGCAGCCCAGCGUACCGGUCCCUCUGCAUACAGGGAUCAUAGAACGAGCCCGGGGCUCCAUGGAGGAGCAAAUGGGCCAGCUCCGGUGCCCUCGGCCCCCAGCAGCAGGGGAGUUCUGUUUAAGUGACGCUAUGUACUUCUGCAAGAAAGGUCUGGAGAGCAUUGUGGAUGACCAGGUGACGCAGCGAUUUUCCUCGGAGGAGUUGGCCUCUUGGAACCUCCUGACCCGCACCAACCAGAACUUCUACUACAUCAGCCUCCGCCUCACCAUCAUCUGGGGGCUCGGAGUCUUUGUCCGAUACUGCAUCCUCUUCCCCCUCAGGAUUACUCUGGCCAUUAUUGGUCUCUCGUGGCUUGUGAUUGGAACAACUCUGGUUGGAUUUCUGCCUGAGAGCAGUGCAAAGAAGUGGCUGAGUGAGCUGGUCCACCUAACCUGCUACAGGAUCUGUGCCAGAGGACUUUCUGCUACCAUCCACUACCACAACAAAGAGAACAGACCUCAGAAAGGAGGAAUCUGUGUUGCAAAUCACACCACACCAAUUGAUGUGGUGAUUCUGGCCAAUGACGGUUGUUAUGCCAUGGUGGGGCAGAUUCAUGGAGGUCUGAUGGGUGUCCUUCAGAGGUCCAUGGUGAGGUCCUGCCCCCAUGUGUGGUUUGAGAGGUCAGAGAUGAAAGACCGGCACACUGUGACCAGCAGGCUCAGAGAUCAUGUCGCUGCAAAGACGAAACUUCCCAUCCUCAUAUUUCCUGAAGGAACAUGUGUGAACAACACCUCUGUCAUGAUGUUCAAAAAGGGAAUCGAAAUUGGAGGAACAAUUUAUCCAGUUGCUAUUAAGUAUGACCCUCGGUUUGGAGAUGCUUUCUGGAACAGCAGCAAAUACAACAUGGUUAGUUACCUACUGCGCAUGAUGACCAGCUGGGCCAUAGUUGUCAAUGUCUGGUAUCUCCCUCCCAUGACCAUACAGGUAAACCUCAAACUCCCCACUUUUACAUAGAUCAGAUUAGCUUCAAGGAGAGCCACUGAGACCAAGGU